AUGAAACGUUGCAUCUGCGCCUCCGUCACUGCCGAAGUCGAGGACGAGCCGGAGCCGGAGCCGGUGCCGGAGCCUUAUGCGGCAGGAGGCGUUUCUAACAACAGCCGCAACAGCAGUCGACGAGCUUUGUCGUCGUUAGCGAGGCUUCGUCGUCGUUCCCACCGCGCCGACGAAAAGGAAAUACAUGGUAGAGCGGUUACCGAUCGGAUGGGCGGCUCGUACAGCUUGGUGUCCCCGGCACACAACUCCGGACGAAGUUCUCUGCUGUCGUUUCUUCGCGAUGGGACCGUCUACUGCAGCAACGUCGCCGCCUCUUCGUCCUCGUCCUCCUCCUCGUCCUCGUCCUUGUCCUCGUGCUCGUCGUCGUCGCCGGCGCUGUGCCGUCUCGUUCGCAUGUAA